CCGCCGGGAUGGCGGGUGAGGAUUGGAGGGCUGGCGGCGCGGGCGGAGAGCUACGGGCCUGGCUUUGGGCGGGAAUUCAAACCGCCGCUGUCGCGGACGAGAGCCUGGGAGCUGCAGGUUUCCAGCCUCAGAGGGGACCAUGGUGCGGCCUGCGAGGCAUAAGAAGCCAGUCGAUUACUCACAGUUUGAGGGCUCUGACAGUGAUGAUGAUUUUGUUCCUGCAACUGCACCGUUAAAGAAGAAAUCCAGAAUGACACAAAAGGAGUUAAAAUUAGAAAAACCAGAACCUAAACUGAAGAAUCUCCAGAAAAAAGACAUCCCACUGCAGGAGAAAACCCCCCAAAAAAGGAUGGCUUUAGAUGACAAGCUGUACCAGAGGGACUUAGAGGUUGCCCUCGCUUUGUCCGUGAAGGAACUUCCGACAGGCACCACUGAUGUGGAGGAGUCUCGAGAUAAAAGCACUGACAGACGUGGCAACGACGAGGCAGAAACGGUGAAUAAGUCCCCUCAUCUCUCUAAUUGCAGUGUAGCUAGUGAUUAUCUAGAUCUGGAUAAGAUUACCGAGGAGGAGGAUGCUCGAGGUGUUCGAGGGAGAAGAAGGGCAGCAUCUCGAGCAGUGGUCCAGCAGAGGAGCGUUCUGUCAGAGGGCAGUGAUGGCGGGGGUGCCGAUGACUCCGAACCAGACUUUGCAACUGGUGAAGAGUCUGAGGAUGAUUCUGAUUUUAGUGAGAGUGGAGAUGAUGAGGCCUUCACAAUGAGAAAGAGUAAAGGUAAAAGAAUGAAAAGGAAAGAAGCGAAGGUGAAAUCUCCAGUUGAAAAGAAAGAGAAGAAAGCGAAAUCUGCAUGUGAUGCUACAGCGACCUCAGUAGACGCUGCCCCAGCUGCUGUCAAGUCAGAAUCUCGGCCCUCACCAAAAAAGGUUUCUCCUUCAGAGGCCACUAGGAAGCCGUUACAAACACGCAGUCCUUCAGCUGAAAGCAGGAGGCCCAAGUGGGUCCCACCAGGUGAUGUGUUUUUUCCAGCCGUAUCCGGAAGCAGCAGUGGUGGCCGCAGCCCACUGACAGGCGUGUCUGUGAAGUCCCCAAAUCAGAGUCUUCGCCUUGGCUUGUCCAGAUUAGCGCGAGUUAAACCUUUGCAUCCCACUGCUGCUAGUAGCUGAGCGAAGUAGCAAGGGAAUGGCUGAUUAAGAGUCUCAGUUUUAUAAGUGUGUUUAUAUUUGAGGAGGGUAUUGUAAUAUAAAGGAAUCCUUCAAUGUCAUAUAAAUUAUCUCUAUGCCUUUGUGAUUAUAUACUUCAGUAAGAUGUUUGUUUAUAAGAAUUUUUACCUUGUCAUGUCAUUUCGCUCUGGAGCGCACAUUCUCUUUCCCUUAUAUGUAUAUAGUAAGUCAUUGCCAUUGAGUGGCUGUCAGUUUGAGGUGGAGGAUGUCCACAUUACAUGCUGGUCUUUCCUAGUAACACAGUGCUUGUCUCUGGCUUUGUCUAGUUUAUGGCAGCUGAACUUUAACUGUUCAGAGUUCAUCUGGCAAAAGGAAAAUUCCCAUUUCUCCCAGGAGACAUUUCUGAAAUCUUAUGUUUCAUAAACUACAAUGUCAGUUUUAUUGCAAUGAUGUUUCAUAUUUUACCCAAAAGUUUCUAUAUCCUGCAUUAAAACAGUUGCUAUACUAUAGGGUAUGUCUCCUCCUUAGAAAUAGAUGGUUAUUGUGUAGCAAACAGAAUUUCGGGACAUUUUAUGAAGCCCUCAGUCCAAAUGUUUAAUAAAAGCAAGAAAGUUUUGAUACGCUCUUUUACUGGAUAGCAAUACAUCCAUCAGUCUCUAAUUGUCUACAUUUUGUAAUAAAAUGAAUGCUUUGCAAAAAAAAAAAAAUGUUAGCCCUUUUGUUGUCAAUAUAGAGAGGAAUCUACGGUUGCAGCAAAAGCAGUCCUAAGAGGGAAGUUCAUAGCAAUAUAGGCCUUCCUCAGAAAAGAAGAACAAUCUCAAAUAAACAACCUAACCUGCCACCUAAAAGAAUUAGGAAAAGCACAAACAAAACCCAAAGUCAGCAGAAGGAAAGAAAGAAUAAAGAUCAGAGAGGAAAUAAAUAGAGAUUAAAAAAAAACAGUAGAAAAAAAUCAGUCAAACCAAGAGCUGGUUUUGGGAAAGAAUAAACAAAAUGGACAAACCUCUGGCCUGGCUCACCCCGAAGAAAGGAGAGAGCAUGUAAGUAAACAGAACAAGCAGCGAAAGCGGAGCGCUCACAGCCCCCAGCACAGAAACACGAAGGGCCACGAGGGACCACUGUGAGCAGCUACAUGGCAAUAAGCCGGACGACGCAGAAGAAAUGGACACGUUUCUAGAAACGUACAGCCCACCAAAACUGAAUCCAGAAGAAAUAGAUCAUUUGAACAGCCAAUCACUAGAAGUGAAAUAGAAUCAGCAAUGAAAAACCUCCCUACAAACAGAAGUCCAGGACCAGACGGCUUCACCGGAGGUUCUACCAAACAUACAAAGAAGAGCUCAUACCAGUCCUUCUCCAGCUCUUCCAAAAGAUUGAAGAGGAGGGAAUACUCCCAGACUCUAUUCUAUGAAGCCAGCAUCAUGCUGAUACCAAAGCCAAAGACACUACCAAAAAGGAGAGCUGUAAGUCCAUAUUGUCAAUGAACAUAGAUGCAAAAGUCCUCAACAAAAUGGUAGCAAACAGAACCCAACAACGCAUAAAAAAGGACCAUACACCGUGAUCAAGUUGGGUUCAUCCCAGGGACACAAGGAUGGUUCAACAUACGCAAAUCAAAAUCAAUCAAUGUGACACAUACACCACAUCCACAAGAGAAAGGGCAAAAGUCACAUGAUCAUCUCAACAGAUGCAGACAAUAUACAGGGGACGUGCUGUUAAUCGCUGUGCUAAGCCAGUGCUUCAGAGGGUGGCUGUGAGGUGCUUGGUCAUCCCUGUUGAUGAGACAGCAUGAUGAAGUGACGCAGCUCUUCGGGAAGCUUAGAUCUGAAUUCACUGUGAAUAAAAGUGGUCAUAGAUAUUUUACAUUUGUGGCGAGAAUUUCAACCAGCUCCCCUCAUCACUUUUUAAUAAUUCUUUGAAUCAUGUUAACCAUUAAAAAGUGUGUACUACUUAGCUCAGUUCUUCUCGGGUUCAUGGGAUCAUCUGUGUUCAUGAGAAAACAGGUGAUUAGAAUCACGAUUAAAGCGAGCGAGCGCCUGCCUGUCGCUGUCA